ACAUUUUAAAAUGUUGGCAACCCAGUACUACGCCUACAAAUCUUGUCAAAAAGUGUCUCGUCUUCAAGUUUUCUGUUUAUUUUAAGAAAUUUAAGAAUUUAGGACAUUAAGAUUACAUUCCAAAGAGGGCGUAAAAAUUAAAAUAUUGUUCGAUAUCUAAAAGGGUUUAUCAAAAAGUAGAAAUACCAGCAAAAUGACGGACUCUAAAUAUUUCACUACUACGAAGAAAGGAGAAAUUUUCGAACUAAAAUCAGAAUUGAACAGUGACAAGAAAGAGAAGAAGAAAGAGGCAGUAAAAAAGGUCAUUGCUUCAAUGACAGUGGGCAAAGAUGUCUCUGCAUUAUUCCCAGAUGUUGUAAACUGCAUGCAAACAGAUAAUUUAGAGCUGAAGAAAUUGGUAUACUUGUAUCUUAUGAAUUAUGCCAAAUCGCAGCCUGAUAUGGCAAUUAUGGCAGUCAACACAUUUGUAAAGGACUGCGAGGACUCGAACCCGCUAAUAAGGGCGCUGGCGGUGCGGACGAUGGGCUGCAUCCGAGUGGACAAGAUCACAGAAUACCUCUGUGAGCCAUUGAGAAAGUGCCUCAAAGAUGAGGAUCCAUACGUGAGGAAGACAGCUGCGGUCUGUGUUGCGAAGCUAUACGACAUAUCGUCCAGUAUGGUUGAGGACCAGGGUUUUCUAGAUCAGCUGAAGGAUUUACUCAGCGAUUCCAACCCAAUGGUGGUAGCGAAUGCAGUUGCCGCUCUAUCUGAAAUCAAUGAAGCUAGUGUCUCUGGACAGCCCUUAGUCGAAAUGAACGCGUCAACAAUCAACAAGCUGUUGACUGCUCUAAACGAGUGCACGGAGUGGGGGCAGGUGUUCAUUCUGGACGCACUGUCCAACUACUGCCCGAGGGACGCGCGUGAGGCACACUCGAUCUGCGAGCGUAUCACGCCGCGUCUCGCGCACGCUAACGCCGCCGUCGUCCUCUCCGCCGUCAAGGUGCUGAUGAAGCUGAUGGAGAUGGUGUCGGAGGACACGGAGCUGGUGAGCACGCUGUCCCGCAAGCUGGCGCCGCCGCUGGUGACGCUGCUCAGCGCCGAGCCCGAGGUGCAGUACGUCGCGCUGCGCAACAUCAACCUCGUCGUGCAGAAGCGGCCCGAGAUACUCAAGCACGAGAUGAAAGUGUUCUUCGUAAAGUACAACGACCCGAUCUACGUGAAGCUGGAGAAGCUGGAUAUUAUGAUCCGGCUAGCGUCGCAGGCGAACAUCGCGCAGGUGCUGGGCGAGCUGAAGGAGUACGCCACCGAGGUGGACGUAGACUUCGUCAGGAAGGCCGUCCGCGCUAUAGGCCGCUGCGCCAUUAAGGUGGAGCCGUCAGCGGAACGCUGCGUGUCAACACUGCUGGAACUCAUCCAGACGAAGGUGAACUAUGUGGUGCAGGAGGCUAUUGUUGUGAUCAAGGACAUCUUCCGCAAGUACCCCAACAAGUACGAGAGCAUCAUCAGCACACUAUGCGAGAACCUCGAUACGCUCGACGAGCCCGAAGCCAGGGCGUCUAUGGUAUGGAUCGUGGGCGAGUACGCAGAACGUAUCGACAACGCCGACGAGCUGCUGGACUCUUUCCUCGAAGGGUUCCACGAUGAAAACGCCCAGGUGCAACUGCAACUGCUGACCGCCGUGGUGAAGUUAUUCUUGAAGCGGCCGGCCGACACGCAGGAGCUCGUCCAACACGUCCUCAGUCUUGCCACGCAGGACUCUGAUAACCCUGACCUCAGGGACCGCGGAUUCAUCUACUGGCGGUUGUUGUCCACGGACCCUGCGGCCGCCAAGGAGGUGGUGCUCGCCGACAAGCCCCUCAUCUCCGAGGAGACCGACCUCCUGGAGCCCACUCUGCUGGACGAGCUCAUCUGCCACAUCAGCUCGCUCGCCUCUGUCUACCAUAAGCCGCCUACUGCGUUUGUUGAAGGUCGCGGCGCGGGCGUCCGCAAGUCGCUGCCGGCGCGCGGCGCGGCCGCCGACGACUCGCAGCCUCACGUGCCGCAGGCCACCGUCAUACCCAACCAGGAGUCGCUGAUAGGUGAUCUCCUGUCCAUGGACAUAGGCGGGCCUCCAGCUCCUACACCUGCUUCAAACCUUGACUUGCUGGCCAGUGGAGUCGACGUUCUUUUGGGCGGAGGCACGGAGGCGGCCGGUGGAAGCACCACCACAGGACUGCUGGGAGACAUCUUCGGCGUGACGGCGGCACCCGCCUGCUACACGCCGCCGCGGCAGUGCUGGCUGCCCGCGGACAAGGGGAAAGGUCUAGAGAUCUGGGGCACAUUCAGCCGUCAAAAUGGACAACCGCGUAUGGAGAUGACAUUCACCAACAAAGCAAUGCAGCCCAUGAGCGGUUUCGCCAUACAGCUCAACAAGAACAGUUUCGGCGUGUGUCCGGCGGGCGGGCUGGUGGUGGGCGCGCUGGGCGCGGGCGGCGCUGCGGAGGCGCCGCUGUCGCUCGCCACCAGCGGACCCGUGCAGCGGAUGGAGCCGCUCAACAACCUACAGGUGGCAAUAAAGAACAACGUAGAUGUAUUCUACUUCGCGUGCCUAAUUCCCGUCCAUAUUCUAUUCACCGAAGACGGCCAGCUCGACAAGCGGGUGUUCCUCUCCACUUGGAAGGAAAUCCCAGCCGCCAACGAGGUUCAACAUACGCUCUCCAACGUGAUAGGCACCGCAGACUCUAUCGCACAGAAAAUGACACUCAACAACAUCUUUACGAUCGCGAAGAGGAACGUAGAAGGCCAGGAUAUGUUAUACCAGUCUCUGAAACUCACUAACAACAUCUGGGUGCUUCUAGAAUUAAAACUGCAACCUGGCAACCCCGAAGCGACCCUCAGUCUCAAGUCCCGAACCGUAGAGGUCGCUACUUGCAUUUUCCAAGCUUAUGAAGCGAUUAUCAAAUCGUAAUCUCAUUUAUUAUUUAUAUGUAUAUGUUGGUCUAAGAGAUUAAAGUAUUCCUAUACAUAAGUGAUGUAUUAAACAAGACUUUGUACGACUGUAAAUUCCAAUAGUUAAGUAUGAAUGUUUAUGAAAUUAAUUCGAGUAGUUUAUAGAAUAAUGUUGCAUUUGUAAUUUUGUUCGGAGACUAAAUUCGUGCUAUAUACGGCGUCUAAUAAAAUAUGUUAAAAUAUA